AUGGUUUGGUAUGGUUUGGUUUGUAAACCGACAGGCGCGACACAAAACAUGAUGGGAUUGGAACGGCCAAGGCAGGCCAAGGUGUGUAAGAGAUGUGUUAAGAGAUGUGAGGAGAGUAAAUCAUUGCUUAAUCGCAUCUGCCCGAGACAUUUCGCCGACUGGGCAGCUGGGCGUAUCGGUCUGGGCAUACACACAGCAAACAUGCAGUCUCAAAACGAAAGGACAGUGUGGAGUAUGGAAUCUGGAGUAUGGAGCAUUCAAAAUCUGGGGAUGAUCAUGCGAAAUGGACACCAAAGCAACGCAGAAACACAGCCAAGAAUAGACAACUUCCUGAAAGAAGCAGCGACGUGA